CACCGAAAAAAAAUCUAUUCAUUUUGAAAUUUGAUCCCCGGCAGGAUGGAAGUUAACGUUUUCUACCUUGGCAUCAUUGGUGCCAUCAUCGGUGCAGUGUACUAUCUGCUAUCGAAAAAACAAGGCUACUUCCACGAGAAACCGAUCCCGUCGAUGCCGGUUAAACCCUUUCUCGGAAGCAUCGCUGAUCUGAUGCUGCAGCGAACGACAUUUUACCAAUUUGUAAAAACGAGCUACGACAAGUACGCCGGAGUGAAAGUAUUCGGCAUGUUCGAUCUUAUGACGCCGGUGUACGUCGUUCGUGAUCCGGAGUUAAUCAAACAGGUCGCCGUCAAGGACUUUGAUCACUUCACCGAUCAUCUUCCGGUGUUCGGAAAUUCGAAUUAUGAUCAUCCGAACCUGAUCAGUGGCAAAUCCCUAUUUUCACUGACCGGUCAGCGAUGGAAAACUAUGCGAGCGACGCUAAGCCCGGCCUUUACCGGGAGCAAGAUGCGAUACAUGUUUGAACUGAUUGUGGAGUGCACUCAACGAGCGGCGAAGUAUUACGAAGAGGAAGCUGCAAAGAAAGGAGCCCAUGUAUACGAGAUGAAGGAUGUGUUUUCGAGGUUUACGAAUGAUGUGAUCGCGACCUGUGCUUUUGGGUUGCAGGUCGAAUCGUCUCGUGAUAGGAGCAACGAGUUCUUUGUGAACGGAAAAAAGAUGUUGGAUUUUAGUAGACCCAGUGUGAUGCUGAGGUUCUUUGGACAUCGAGUCAUUCCAGCGUUGAUGGCCUACUUCGGAUGGGAUGUAAUAGACGAGCAACAGAAUACCUACUUUAAAACGUUGAUCCUGAACGCGAUCAAGGAACGGGAACAGCGAAAUAUCGUUCGACCGGAUAUGAUAAAUCUGUUGAUUCAGGCUAAAAAAGGAACCCUGAAGCAUCAGAAGGAAAAUGACCAACUGCCGGAAGGAUUCGCCACGGUGCAGGAGUCCGAAGUGGUUAAAUCUACUGACACCACAGUGAUGACAGACGUGGAGAUGGUCGCACAGUGCUUGAUCUUCUUUUUAGCUGGUUUGGACACUGUGUCGACCACGCUUUUGUACACCGCUUACGAGCUAACAAUAAACCAAACUAUUCAGAAGAAACUACACGCCGAAAUCCUAGAAACUCGAUCUUCCUUGGGUGGUAAGCCCCUGACGUACGAUGCGGUGCAGAAGAUGAAAUACAUGGACAUGGUGAUUUCGGAAGUGCUGCGUAUGUGGCCUCCAGUUCCGUCGAUCGAUCGUGAUUGCACCAAGGACUACGUGAUGGACGAAGGAAACGGCAACAAGUACACAAUCGAGAAGGGGGCGGCCCUUUGGUUCCCGAUUCAUGGACUGCAUCAUGAUCCGAAGUACUUCCCAAAGCCGGACAUGUUCGAUCCCGAGCGAUUCAGUGACGAGCGGAAAGGAAGCAUCAAUGCGGGAGCUUACAUACCGUUCGGCAUUGGUCCGAGAAAUUGCAUCGGGUCGAGGUUUGCCUUGGCGGAAGUCAAAACCAUACUGUAUUACAUGUUGGGGAGCUUCUCCUUUGAGCGAUGUAGUAAAACAGAAGUUCCGCCCACGGUGAAGACAGGGUUUGAUGUGAUUCCGUUGAAUGGGAUGCACAUCCAGUUUAAACCAAGGACUGAAGCAUAGUGAAGUUUGUAUGAACAUGAAAUACCAGAACAAGUUUUCUCCCAAGAUUUGACAAAAUAUCUAAAGAAGUGCUGUCUGAAAUGUAUCGUUAAUUUGCUACGCGCAUUAUAUUUUUUGAAAACUUUAAAUACUGAACCGAAAUAUUUCCGAACAGUCUUAAAUACUGAACUUGAGCUUUCUCUUAAGUCUUAAUGUAUUCGAAAUGAUUUAAAGAACUUUCUAGAGUAAUACGCGGAGUUGGUUUAGGAAAAUACCCAACUUUCCAGUUAUAUAACAAUGAAGCUUGUCAUAAGACGAGUUUGUACAAUUCCAUUUAAUUCCACUACUUUAUUGUACCUUUGACAGAUACGUAUUUCAACCUCAACAGUAAGGUCGUCUUCAGUGUCUCAUACUUGACUCGACUUACGUCUACGACUAGGACUUAAGUCGAGUCAAGUACGAGACACUGAAGACGACCUUACUGUUGAGGUCUAAAUACGUAUCUGUCAAAGGUACAAUAAAGUAGUGGAA